CAAGUCAAGUGUCUGUUUGAGAGCUGUUGGGGUCAGUGUUUGAUCUGCCAAUGAUAUCAUCGGCUUCAGACUGGUCGGAGACUUGUCGUUACCUUCCGCAUCAUCAUCGCCAGAGCACCAAGCAAGAAAGAAGAAAGAAAGAGACCAUACAGGUUUAAGGUGUGCAUGUAUAACUUCUAAUAGUGCUAUUCUUGCUGUGAGAAGACAAUGAGAUAGCAUUGACAAAGAUACCACCACGAGAAAAGCAAGAAACAAUGGGAGCUAGGAGAAGAUUCGUCUCCAUGAUCCGAUGUGAGGAUCCAUCAUCAUCAUCAACAUCAUCAAGCAUUGGCAUGAGAAAGCUCCAGGCGAAAAUGUCCAGUCGGCAUUACAUGCUGGAUAUGAUCACUGCGGUGACCAUGGUGGGAAUUCUCAUAUUGACGUUGGGUUCCAUGGCCACGACACGAGAAUCUGUGAAUGUCCCUGCCAAUGAUGCCAUCACAGUGUCCACUGUUGUCACCCCCAUUCGGGAAAUCAACAAGAGUGCGGAAGUGUCCGUGCUGGCCAGUGGUGAAUUGGUGGCUCAAUCUCCUGCCUUGGAUUAUUUCUUGACCAGGAUGCUCCAGCCAUUUCUAUUGGAAGCUGGUUUGACAGUGACGGUGCAUUCCAUGGGCAUUCCACUGAUUGUGGCGUGUUCCAAGUGGUUGGGUCCUUACAGUCAUUCGGGAUGGACCAUGCGACAUCGAUUUGUCGGCUUUGCGCGACUCUUGAAACGGCUAGGAAAGGCACCAAAAGCAUGGAGACGGAUACUCAAACCACCACAACCAUUGCGACGAUGGACACCAGCGCGUCUUUGGAGAAAUUCCAAACGGGCCGUGCAACAUCUCUACCGAAAGCGAUCCCGGUAUUCGGUCGCCAGUGAACUCACCAAUCUGGUACCACCCGAAUCAUCCAAUGCCUCCACCGAAGAAUGAAUGAAAUGAAAAGCAACCCCAGCAAACGGUGGUAUAGCAUUAAAACUAUGAUGCCUCUAGAGGGAAUGGGAUAGAAAUAGAACCUAACACGAACAAACAAAUAAAAGAAGAACACUACAAAAUAGUUCCAUUCUGCAAGGAGAAAGGAUCGCCUCCCGUUGACAUGCUAAAAUUCUAAACUUUGUUGGUAGACCUUGUUUUUCCUUCCAU